AUGAGGGAUUUUGGCAACUGGAUUCAAGAUAUGAACCUAGUUGACCUUCCUCUCCAAGACAGAAAAUUUACUUGGAGGAGGGGAAGCCAGGCCAAUAGGCUUGAUAGGAUUUGUGUGGAUCCUCAAUGGCUACAAAAGUUUCCAGAAUCAAGAAUUGAUGUGUUAAAAUAUUCUAUGUCAAACCAUGUACCUUUAUGCUUGAUGGCAGAUAGAUUGCAAUGGGGUCUAAAACCUUUUUGCUCUCUUGACAUUUGGUUCUCUAGUCCAAAAUUUUUACCAAUGUUGGGAGAGGAAUGGAGGGCCUUAGGAGAGUUACCGAUGCAUGAGAAAUUAAAGCUAAUAAAGAAGAACAUUUCAAAAUGGAACAAAAAGGUAUUUGGCAACAUUGAUGAUAAAAUUAGGAGGUUAGAAAGUGAAAUUGCCAAAGUGGAAGUCCUCUUAGAAGGAAACAUUAAGGCAGAAAUAAAUUUGAGUAGAAAGAAGGUGUUGGUAGGCCUGCUGGAUAUAUGGUAUAAACAGAAAGGAGAGUAUUGGAAGCAAAUGUCAAGGGAGAAAUACAUCAAGGAGGUAGACAAAAAUACAAGAUAUUUUCAUACCAUGGCAACAAUCAGAAGCAGAAAGAAGCAAAUAAGGGAAAUCAAAAUCGGCAACAGACAUUUCAAAGAUCCGAGAAGGAUUAAGAAUGAAGUAAGAAAAUUCUUCAAAAAUCUCUAUCACCAGGAUAGGAUGCCGGUUAUAAGGGUACAAGAGGGAUUGGUUGCAAGAUUAUCUGAGGAGCAAGCAAUGCAACUUGAGUUGAUACCAUCCUAUAUUAAAGUAAAAGAAGCUGUUUGGUCGUGUAGUUCUACCAAAGCACCCGGCCCUGACGGAUUCAACAUGUUCUUUGCGAAAAAUUCUUGGGAGAUCAUUGGGAUGGAGUUCACGGAAUCAAUUUUGGACUUCUUCAGAAUGGAAUUUCUACAUAGGAACUUAAACAUGACAUAG